AUGACCUUCUUAAACCACAAUAAUAACUUGUGCCUUGACACCCUUCCCUUCCCUUCUUCCACCUCUUGCCACUGCCCUGACCGUGUGCCGUCUAGUGAGCUUGACAAGAAAUUUGGUAAAAUUUUGAACCUCAAAAUUACCUCAAAUAACAACCCUAAUAACAUUCUUACUAACCUCUGCUCUGGCCUCGAAAAAUUCCUCGGCUUCAACUCUGCUUCCAAAGGCUACGAUGGCAGUGGCAUUGUGUACUCUGACCUUGACAGGCUCUGUGACGGGGUGAUGGGAUUUUUGAGUGGUGUUCUCAGUAACAUCAAAGAUCAUUUAGGGCAGCAUAAUAAUGAAAUUAGCAAUGCAAUUAAGUCACUUGAGACCUGUAAACAUGGUGGUAAAUUAGGUUUUAAUGAUGCGAUUGGAAGGGUGGUCGAAGGGGUGCGGGGGUAUAAUGAGAAGGUGAGGGAGAGUAAUGAAUGUGCUAAAACGCCCAUAAGGACACUGAUGAAAUACGUCAAACCUGGAAAAGGUGAGUUAAAUAAAGGCAUUGAUACUUUGCAGGUGACAGAAGAUCCCCGGCAAGCAGAGGAGCAAGUGUCCACGGCCAAGGCGCUGGUGGCGACAUCUCUUCAGAAAUAUAAGGAAUACGAAACACAGUAUAGAGACGUAACUCAACAUAUUAAUGAUUUAUAUUUACAGUGCAAAACUAGUAUACAUAACGCACAUAGAGUUGUCUCGCACGAGACUACGCGGCUAGGCCAGUUGGCAGGCAGGGAAGCAACUGAGUUGGAGGCAACCGAAAAAGUGAUAAGGGAGACACUAACGGCGCUUGAAGCCCAAGUGAUGGGACAUAUUAAGAGGGAGGUGAACGCUCUUGUAGAAAGUUUAAAAGGGCUAAUAAAGAACGUCAUUUUGAAAGACCUGACGCAGAUCAGCGUCAAUUUGAAAAGCCAUGUGAAGGAUUUGAAGAAAUGGAUUGAAGAGGCUGAUGAAAUGCUCAAGAAGCCGAUAAAAGAUGCCGAAUUGGUUGAAAAGAAUGGUCUUGGUUUCUUAUACAAGGAUGAAAUUAAGAGGGUUGAGAGGGAAUUGUCAGCGUGGACUGGUUGGAUAGGGACCUACAGAGAUGAUCUGCAUCGGAUGGCGGCGGAUGUCAGCGCUAAAAUUACGGAGCUUGGGAAGCAGUUUAGUGAGAUCAGCGGGGGAACAGCGCCGACGAGUAUAGAUGGGAUUUUGGGUAAGAUCAGGGAUAAGGUCAGAGAUAUUCGAGCAGACGUUGGUGAUAAUGGCAACGUUGCGGAUAGUAUAUUUCAGCAGUGGGAUUUGCUGAAAGGGAAGGUAAGUGGGUUUCUUAAAGGGGUUUAUGAUGACCACGGAGUUCUUGGAAGAAAAGGUGAGCUAGGUGAAGUUGUUGGUGGCAUAAAGAACUACGCCGAAAGAUUCAAAACAAAGGAUAUUUUUGGGCAUAUUGUUAAUAAAUGGAUUAAAGACAAUCUGGAUUACAAUGAGGUAGCAAAGGACUUUCUUAAGAAGUACAUAGAAACCAACGGGAACGAAGCGAAAGUGACUGGAAAAUGGGAUAACGCGAAGAAAGCAUUUAAUUCAACAGGUGCCAAACAAAUUGUUGAUAAGAUUAGCGAAGAAGUCAAAGCAAAGCUGAACGCCGAGGCCUUUAGAGCUUUCGUCAAUUUGGACACAGAAAACAUCGUCAACAACGUGGAAAAGGUCAAGGAGGGUAUUUUCACAUUUUCCAGUCAACUCAAACAAAAGUUAACCGAAGGCCAACCUGGCACUGGUGAAGAAUUUGUUAAAGGCAUAGCAAUGGCGAUUGAAAAGGAUUUGGGAACAUACGUAACUAGUUCACAUCUGUCGCCUAACAGUGAUUUAGAAUCCGCUGUAAAAAUACUCCUCUAUGGCACAUUCACCACAGCGAGGCAGGUGUAUGAGGAACUUCACGAAUUGGUCGAAAAAUCGGAGCUUGGCAAAAGGUUGAAAAAAGCUAUAGCCACGAUCGGAGAUAUUAAUAAGCAAUUUGACAACACACCCAACGGCUCUGAUGAUUACGGCAAUUUAAUCGAUAACACAUUGACAAGAGUUAAUCAGAAGAUUAUGACGCUCCACUCCAGCCUCAACAAGGCGACUGGGCAAUCUGGAAGCAGAGACAAUCACGCCGAGAAGCUGGACCAAGCGAUUGCGCAAGUCAAAACUCAGGCAGAGCUACUAAGCGCAGCAGAAACAACUGUAAAGCUCCAAGGUUGGUCCACAAAAAUCACUUCUAAUCUAAAAAAACUCAUCGAUACUUUUGCAAAGUCUGGUAAAGAGGUCAAAGAAGCGUUACAAAAGCUGAAGGACAGUCACAUCGCGAAUGGCAAAACAGGUGUGGCAGACAGCCUCCAAGCUAUUCACGACAAUCUUAACAAGCUACUAACCGGUCCGGUGACGAUGGCCAUUAAUGACGCCGAGGAAAUAAUCGGGAAGGACGCCCCAACGUUGCAAGCAAAAUACGUAGAGUACCUGGAAGAGAGCGUCGGCGACGAGGUGAAACAAGCCACCGAUAAAUUCACCACUCAUGCCCGAAAUCAAUACGUCUCUUCCGUCAAGUCCCUGCUAAGCGACUUCUCAAGCAAGGUCUACGGCGACAUUAAAAAUUUGACGGUAUCCAUAAAUCAGGAUUUAAGCCUCGGCUACAAGGAGUUCAUGGACAAGUUUGAGAAACACUUCCUCAAAGGUGACACAUCACUCGAAGCUAUAACUAGCCUUAAGGCCACAUCCACCGUAGGACAAAAAUCUGCGAUGAGCCAAGCGACCAGUAAAUUUAACACUGCCAUGAAAGCUUUCUUUGAUAGAUGGGAAAAGCAGACGGAGUUUGCAUCCGAUUACAAAGCCAUCACUCCCGCAAAGGAAGCCCUCCGCAAAUUGCUCGCCAAACUCGUGCAAUCUCAACACUUCGACCACGAGUUUUGUAACAAUUUAGAUGCUCUUACUGACGAAUUAGAUAAGUUCACGCCUGGUAAAUUCGGCCAACCCAACACGGUGCUCUCGCAGGCGUUCAAGGAGGGGUUCGCUGACCUGGCGUCGGUGCUGGGAAGGGCGUACGUGAGCGUGUAUGACGGAGGCCAGGGAAUCAGUAAGUGGCUUACGAAAAGUGAUACGCAGUUGACUGAUGAGGGUCGUAAAGGCGCUAAGGUUUGUCUCACGAUCAUUCAUCUGCUUGGCAUCUCGUUACCUAUGUUGAGAGUAAAUUGCAAGAGUCUGAGUGGACAGCAGAUUAACAGAAACGGUGACCUUGGAAAACUGUUUGCAGAUGAAGGCUAUCGUGUAUCCGACCGGGGCGAGCAGAACGGCGAGCUACAAGACCAGGACUGGAUGAAAGGCGAUCAAGUUCAGAAGAGACUAACCUGGCCAAUAAGCGGAGUCGACAACGAGCAUUUAAAAUUGUGUAAGCCAAAUGACAAACAUGAUAAAUUUAGUCUCAUUGAUAUUAUGGCGUGUCUUGUCGGUCACCUUGUACAAUACAAUGACGUUUGCCACAUCGUCCCUCCAUCGAAGGGCAACGCACCUUGCAAUGUAUACCAAAUGUUGUGUUGGCUUGACGGGCUUCCUCAUAGUCCUGUAUACCAAGACUUGAUAAUUGACGGAUUUAGCGGUCUCUUUGAGAAACCGGGCGAGCAGCACAAAGGUGCUCAGUCAGACGAUCUACCUGUUAUAGACGAGAAUGCCGACACGUUGGACGCCUAUCCAAAGCCCAUCACCGCAGAAACCUUAAGGUCGAACCUCCAACAAGUAUGCGCACAAUCUCACAACGUCCUCACUUCCAUCCUCGGAUAUGGCCACGCGGGUGGCGUGUAUGCUUGUGAAUUCACUAACAAUUCGCAGGGUUUAGUAUACCCGAAUGACAAGAACGCAUUGCUUUGCUUGUUGUUUGAUAUAUUGAAGCGGGUUCACCAGCAGUGCUACUUCAUUUGCCAGCAGUUACUGCACGACAAAAAACUAAAUGGUUGGCGUGAUUGCUGGUAUGGCUACCAAGUGGCCGGGUCAACGUGGCAGUGCAAUACACUUCAAUGUCCCGAGCAAAGGGCCGACCAAGACCACAAGCAAACGUGUGACCAAAAGUGUAACCAAAGUGCUGGGUGCGGUUUGAAAUCGCCGUUACAAUCAUUCUUGGAGGACGGGUUACAUGGUUUUUUGCCGCAUCGUGUCUCAAGCAAGGGACCAAAAAUGUCAUGCUCCAGUUGCAGUAAGACCCCUGGUAUGCCGUGCAUCACGCCCAUGGGCUUCGCAGAUAUCGGUAACAUGGCAUCCCACAGGCGAAUAGGUAGACACAUUUACAUGGUACUUACCGAUUUUUGUAGCGCCGAAUACUCCCCCCUCACUAAACUCUGCAGUCAACUCACCUGUCUCCUUUCCAGCGCGCCGACAACACUGGGCGAUAUGUUCGCUUUUUACUAUCAUUUCCUAAAUCAGUGGAACCGUGGUAGCAAGGGAAUACGCGACAAACACAGGGAAAUAGCUUUCGGUGUUGCCGUAAGCAAAGCCAAUUUCAAGAAUCCAAGUACAAAGCUGGACAUUACCUCAAUGUUCAAGACCAACGUACACGGUUUCGGACACAGUGCGUCACACUUCAAUGGAGACCUCAACACCCUUGUCAGUUGCAAUCCAACGGCCACUGCAACUAGCCCCUGUGGUUCAUAUCUGAAGCCGCUUAAUCGUGAUAUCCGUCACAUGUUUGCGGAGGAUAACGCCGACAAAUAUCUCUCGUGGAUCGUUUAUCUGACUGAAUCGUUCUACAAAUUGUUAGAACAGUUGUAUGCCGAUUGUUGUAAUAAUUGCAAUAAGCCCGGCGCAAGAUGUCAUGGUCGCAGUUGUGACAAAGAAUGUAUGAUGAAAGCAAGGUUUGUAAUGAAUGAUACUAUGCCUACCCACUCGCAAGGGUGCAGGUCUAUUGUCAACUGUACCAUGACUCUUCCCACAUUACGUAAAUAUGGCAUGUAUUUUGAAAGCAAGAGUGAUCUUAACGGUAAGAAUAUCGCAACGAAACGAACGUGCGAAGACUUUUGCAAAGCAUUAGCACAAGUCGUAAAACAGGGUAACGCUUUGUAUGUGCUGGUUCAUAAGACCAUUCCGGAAUUCCUAUUCACCAUCAGAGAGCCGUUUAUAUGGCUCAACGUCGCGCUCUGGUCGCUGUCCCUCUUCUACCUCAUUUGCGUAAUGGUUGGCAGACUGGAUGUGCUCCACAUACGCUCACACCUGCGAAUACCGUCGUCGCACAAGAUAACGGCGCAAUCAUUGUUGGCUGCAGCGCAAGUCGGAAGGCUUGCCAAGAUAUCGUAUCUACAACCGUAA